AUGAGAUGUGGUGCUUGUCAAAAGGUGAACUCGGACCAGUUGUCAACUAUAGUUGCGAACAACGACUUGACAACCAACUUUUUGCAGCAUUUCUCUCUCUCUCUCUCUCUCUCUCGCAGCGCACGAUUCGGAACGGCAGCGGGCAGCAGUCACGCUCCUCCCAAACCCAAGGGCAAGGGUGCACCCAAGAAUGAGGCUGCAGACCUAGAACUGGAGAAGCAACGCGCCGCCAGUGCCGCAACGCGCCUUGAGGCAGACGCCAAAGCAGCGCAGGAGCAGGAACGCCUUGCCUACUUUGCGGAAAAUGCCGAACUCUUCAGCGAGCAGGCCAAUGCGGUCCAGGAGCUCUUCGCUCGAUUGCAAGAGUCUUGCCGUGUGCACAAGCGCAAGGCCGACGGCCAAGAAGAGUGGCAGCGCUUUGUGAAGUGCGACGACACUCCUGAUUUUUUGGAUGCACGAAAAAUGCAUCGCUUUUGGGAAAUCUUUCAUGAUAAUCGACUGACGGUGGACGAAGGCAUUGUACAAACCAUCUCUGUUGAUCCAAGCCUGGAGCUGCAGCGCAUCGAGACGGUCCGCGCAUGGGCCCAGAGUGCGCGAGAGCUAGCCAUUCAGCUCCAAGCUAGCGGUGAGAUACAGCGUGCACACGCGCUGGCCACGGCUGCCGAAGACAUGCUCCGGCAUGGUCAACUCAAGAUGGACGACAUGACCGNUCAGCUGCUCCAGGUAGCAUUUGUCAUGCUAUACGCCAAUGCCGACGACGGAGCAAUGGUGCCGACCCACCCAGGUCUGUCAUGGCCCGCCAACUUGGCGGCAGCUAGCGUGGCCGUUCGGAUGGUAUACAACGCAAGCUCGCCGCUUCUGCAUUGGCAGCCAGAACUGCUCGAAGCUGGUGCCGGUGACCUCCCGGUUGAUCCCAAGGCACCAACUCAAAAACCCGACGAGGCUUUAGUCUCAAAGCCUGCGUCAGCCGUUGGGAGCAAGCGCACCGGUGCUUCAUCAGAGAAGGUUGCAGUCCCAGCCGUGGAAGCUCCGACAGAUCUGCCGCCCAAGCCACCGUCAGCACCGAUUCCAGCCAUUGCCAUUGACGACGACGACGACGGCCAAGUCCUCCGCACUGGUACUCAAGGGUCUAUGCGCUUGUAUUCUGCCAAGAGCUCCAACGCUACCAAUGCAGAGGGCAGAGGCGGUGAUACGGGACUGCUGGACGCCCCAGAUCUUGAGUUUGACAACCCAGAGCUGAGAAUGCCCUCGCCCCUGGUUCCACCAAACAUUUUGGACGCCGAGGUUGACCUUUCUCUGGUAGACUUUUCCGUCAAGCCCCCAGAGGCACCGCCCGCCGAGACGAGCCGAGCGCCAUCAGCACGUCGUUCGGCCACGGCAUCUGCACGCAGUCGCCGUAGCGCCCGCGAGCCACGGGCCGACCCUGCAGAGGCUGCACCCGAGGUCCCACCUCCUCCCACGCUGAGCGAUCUGCUUGCCAAGAGCUCUGCUGGGGCCAGCAACACGUCCGAUGGUCUUGAAGAGGCUCAGAACGCAGGCGACUCGAUAGAACCAUUGCCCCCGACCCCGGAGGUACCAGCAGAUGGUCCCAUCGAUCUGGCACAUUUUGCCAUCUUAGGGGGCGUCUUUGAGCCUCGCCUCUUGUCCUUGCCAGAGACUGCGCAUGUGGAAAAGAAAUGGACCAUUCGACCUGUGCUUGAGCCCUUUGCCCUUCAAGAACUUUCCUACCCACUCCCCAAUGCCCCGCGUAUCGCAUCAGGUGAUGGCGAUGAGCUGAUCGAGCCACGUGCUGGCAUGGAGCAGUGGCCAGCCUUAACGCUACGCGUCCCGCGGCCGCCUGGCGUGAUGUAUUGCGAGGAUGCAUUCCCAGUCAUGUGGGAUUCAGAAGCACACGCAUGGCACACUGGGCCUUGCAGCAACCUCAACAAAGAUGCCGGCAACAAUCUCAUGACAAUGGACGUGCUGGCUUUCCGCCCAGUUGCGAUUGCACAGGCUCGCAAUUUGUUUGACUGGUUGGAGGACUGGGCCCUCGUUCCAUUGAAACCGCUGGCUCCCGACUACAUCGCCACCACCCGCACGGUGGUGGAGCCCAACCGGCCCUCGGACGAAGAGGAGGCGCCUGGGGCUGACACGGGCAAGCUGGCCAAGCCUCCUAGCGCAGCCCCGCGCCUGCACUCAGGUCGCGGUCGGCGCUCGCGCUUGGCCUCGGCUGUGCGUGGUAGGGAAUCCGAGAACCCGGUUCCACCCCCACCGCAAGCUCAUCCGAUGGGGAGUGUCCUGCGUCUGAAAACGGGGCGUGGCGUCUUCGUGAUUGAGGUAUCAGCCCAAGGCGUGCGUCUGGCCUACCCCACGGUGGAGGGAAACGCCAUCCUUUCAACCUGGCAGGUGACAGCCUGUUUCAUCAGGAAUAUGCAAGCAGCAGGUCUAGAUCUUUUCCCGGCACUGCGGCCGGACUACCUGCCUGCCACGCUCAAGCCAUGGGCCUUGUGUGUGUGUGUGUGUGUGUGUGUGUGUGUGUGUGUGUGUGUGUGUGUGUGUGUGUGUGUGUGUGUGUGUGUGUGUGUGUGUGUGUGUGUGUGUGUGUGUAUUGCGUAUCGCCCAUCCGUGUGGACCGAAGCCACGCCGUUUGGCAGCUUCCCAAUUACAGCCUGCAGCAGCCCGCUAUCAACGGUUGAGGCAGCCGCAGCCGCGGCCGACAUUCCUGAACUGCUUGAUGUUGCUGAAUUGGGUGCGCCUGAUGACAAAAAGUCGCGUGAACUUGAGAGUUCAACCAAGGCUAAGAAGAGUAACAAGGGCACAAAGAAGUCUGAUAAGACAGAGGCCGUAGACCCCGAAGUGGUGGAAGAACCGCCCGAAGUCGACCGGCGCAAGCUUGAAGGACUUGAGGAGAAUCUGAAGCGAUUGCCCGCAUCCCCUUUCAAUUUGUUUUAUUGGCACGAGAAAUAUGUACACCCGUUAGCCUCGGGCGACGGUAUUGUCACACUUGACCCCGAUGUAUAUCAUCACCCCGAGCACAAGUCCAUGGCUACCCUCUAUCAUGCAGUGCAGCAGCUGAUGCCCAAGGGCGACUGGAGCGGCCAUUUGGAUGCAAACAGUGAUCCGGAAAUCAGUCAACACUUGGAUCUUCUGCUCCGGGCUAUCCGGCCGAUCACGCGUUGUCAGCAUGUGAUUGCCCGUAAACACGCACGUCUGAAUCACCUGCGUGCUACUACGUUGGAAGCUUAUGCCUUGGAACGGCGGGAUGUAGAGGAAAAGGAGGCAAACCGUCAGGCUUUGCUCAUGGGCGGUGCGACGGCGGCAUCACGCUCUACGUCAGCACGCGUCCAGGCGCUCUCAGCCAAGGUCAACAAGUCACGUGCUGGCAAAUAA